GUGGGUGAGGGUGAGGGACCGCGGUGGAGAGAAGUCCCUCGGCAGCGCGUUGGUUGCCGGCCGGGCCGGGCCGGGCCUGGAGCCUUUGGGCGGCGGAUGCAACAACUGGGCCCGGUGGAGGGGAGACCACGGCUGGAGCCGAGGAAGGGCAGCAGGGGAGCAAAAUGAUGAGCGACGGUCUCCCGGGAGACAAGCGAAAGCUGCAGACCAGCCGGUACUCGGAGGAGUUCGUGCCGAAGAACGGGAAGAUCCUGAAGAACUCGGCGGACCAGAUGGACUGCGGGGCGGAGAACUUGGCGAGGAAGGAGUUCACCUUCAGCGUGUGCGGGGACCCGGACAACAUCCAGUACGCCUUCACCGGCGACCCUGACGACGGCCUGAUCACCGCCCUCAAUUCCUCCUGCGACUUCGAGGAGAAGGUGAGGGUGGACAGCACCAUCCUGGUGUACGGGGAGGGCGGGCUGAAGGGCCUGGUGAACGUGGACAUCCUGUGCCGCUACCUGCCGCCGCACACGCACUUUCGCCUGCUCUUCCUGCGCUGCCCGGGCCCGGGGCGGGAGGGGGCGGGCGGCGAGUUGCGGCGACCCCCGGCGACCCGCCACGACUGCCGCCACGUCCUGUUCUACGUGGAGCCCAGUGGCCGCACGGUGGUGAACACCGCCCAGCGCAUCGUGCUGUCCGACCGCAUCGCCCAGGGCCAGACCAAGCUGUGCGUCCUGGGCUUCGAGGGCCAGACUGUCCGCCAGGCGCUGACCGCCGACGGCCGCUUCGACCCCCGCGUCCACGACGACACCCACAAGCUGCUGGAGAAGGUGGAGCCUCCGCGCAAGAUCCAGUUCAACCACGCCGUGGACGGGCUGAACGGCCGCAGCUUCCAGGUGGAGAUGAGCAGCUACAAGAAGAAGCUGCCGGGAGACGACGGGAGCGGCGGCAAGAACUGGAAGCCGAGAGCCGGCAAGGUUGCCGAGGCGUUGCCGCCGUCGGACAGCGGGCGCUACCCCUUGCCCCGGUGGCAUGUGGAGGCCCGCAAAGCCGCGCUGCUCAGGUUCAAGCUGGCCGUGUCGAGGAACGCCGAGCUGGGCAACAUGUCAGAGAGGCAGUACUUGAACCGGCUCCACCAAGAGGCCCAGUCGCCCAUCCCAGCCCGAGCCAUCCGCCGUGUGAUCGAACGUCUGGCCAGCGUGGGCUGCCUCAGCUGGCAAACACCCAGUGCACAGGGGGGCGGCAGCUGUUUCUUCCUCAGGGACAGAUACCUCCUCACCUCCUACCAUGCCGUGGAGAUGAUGGUGGGGAACACCACCCCGCCCGACAGCUGGCCCGCAGCCGUCCACGACGCCGGCCAGGUCUUCUUCGGCUACGAGGAGGACGGGCAGAAGGGCCGGCCGCUCAAGCUGGCCGCCUGGCUGGAGAUCUUCGACCAGGCCCUGGACUAUGCCGUGCUGGAGUUGGAGGAGAGCCCGCCCGGGUUGCAGGGUCUGGCGGAACACUGCGCCCUCCUGCCGCCGGACGCCGGCAACCUCUACAUCGCCGGCCACCCCGAUGGGCAGGUGAAGAAAGUGUGUCCUUGCUCGCUCAUGACUUGCGACCAGCAGCGGGCAGCCGGAGACUCCGCCAACCUGCUGGAAAACCUGCGGACCGCCAUCGCGGGGGGAGACGCCGAGAAUUACCUGCCUGACAUAGUCAUGGUGGCCAGCCACGCCUUCAACAGAGCCAGGUACCCCAAUACAAUCCUCUACAAGGCUGACUUCCACCACGCCGCCUCGGGCUCUCCCAUCUUCAACGCCGACGGCCUCGUCGUUGGCCUGCACUGCGGGGGGGAGAUCCACAAGAAGAACAAGGACCCCGAGAGGUUCUGCGUGGAACUUGGGCGCUCCAUCAAGCUCAUCGUCCACAACAUGGCUUGCAAAAGCGACUCGCUGGCAACGGAAAAAUCAAAGCAGUUCAUCAAGGAUUUGCAGAGUUCUUUCAAAUGAAAUGUGUCUGCCCAGAGAGAACUGACAUGCCGUGACCAGGCUGGAUGCUGGAUGUGGACUUCCUCAUGUGUGUGGGAAAAGGUGCAUCUGAGUAUCGUUUCAAAGGUUUCCACCUGAAAAAUGAACCCAUCCUUUUCAGAACAGACCCUGCGUAUGUUUAUUGGAAUAGCGAUGAUUCCAAUACAAUUUAGUUUGCAUGUGCUUUACAUAUUGGGGCCAAUGGGGAAAACUGUACACCGAACGUUUGCCCGAUGUAAUAAUAUACAUUUACCAGGGUGCUAAAUACUUGAAUUACGGAGUUAUGAGUUUGGGAAAUGCAGAGAACACAUUUUCUUUAUUCUAGCAUUAGGUGACAUUUGCUGUUCUGAAAGUUAAUAUGGUUAAAAAGGUAUUUUGGUAUUUUUGGACAGCAUCUCUGGAGAAACGGAAUAGGUGCCCUUCUUUGCAUUUAUUCCUUCUCUCCAGACCCUCUGAGUUUCCGCAGCUUUUUAUGUCUAUCGCCUGUUUAAACCUGCAUCUGCAGUUUCUUCCUACACACUAACAAUCCCCAUCAUUCCAACGUUCCCCUCCAUCUUAAUCUCCAAAGGUUGUGUGUUUUUUUGCAAAUUGCCGGUCCCAGAGCAGCUUAAAAACCCCAAUAACAAACAACUUGCUAAUAAUUCAUCGAGUUUAGAAAUCAGGUCAGAUUGGGCAGGUUUACUGGCUCCAGCCAGAUUGGGCAGCUAUUCUCGUCUCUUGUCAAAAUGUUUACAAGAUCUCGUUUCUUCUAAAAGAAUGCCUUCAUUUAAGGUUUUUGUUGUCUGUUUUUGCAUUUUUAUGUCAUUUACAAGGCAUUAAAAAAAAUUAAAUGCAAAGUUAGCCUUCUGUCACUGACCACAUGAUUUAGUUUUCCCCUUGUAUAAUCUAGGAUAAUGUCCAGGAAAGUUGCUUAAAAGGACAGUGGUCCCUCCUUGUUUUAUAAUUUUUUUUCUUUUAGACUUGUGUCCAUGCAGUAAAUUUGUCAAUUAACAAAUGGUGAUAAUAACAAGUUUAAUUUGGCUUCUUCAGUUGCAAUUUCUUGCCUCGAGCACAGAUUUAUUUUCAACCCCCCCCCCCAAAUGUAUAUAUUGGCAUCUAGUCUAUUUACAUUUAUAGAAAUGACUUCUGCUCAAGAUUCUUGCCAGUCAGAGCAAGAUGUUAAUGAAGCCUAGAAUAGUACAGGAAGUGGCCCUUUGGCUCAUAAUAUCUGAGCUGAAAACGAUUACAGGUUAUUCUGCAGUUCCUUGUUUCUACAUUUUACCCCAUGCCAGAGGAAGAGUAUUUACACUUUUUUUCCCCCUGCCCUCCUUUGGCAAUGUCUCCCCUCAUUAUUUUUUCAGGCUACGUAGUUAACAAAUCUUUGUCUCUGGAUGUUCUCGAGAGUGUAACCAGAAAUGAAUAUGGUGGGAUCGCGGAACAGAGGCGACUUGCCUAAGCGGGAUUAGAUAAGGAAAGUGAAACAGGUUCUAAUGAUGGGGUUACUUGCGUCAAUCGGAUGCAUGAAAUCUGGUUGCUUUGUUUAUUUGUCUAAACCCAAAGAUGCAAUGAUCAAUUGUUCCAUUUUGCUUGCCUUCAAACUCAACACGGGACUGGCAAUGAAACCAGUCUGUGACUCAAAGAAUCAAGUACUGUAUUAAUUUCUGAGCCAGAUGGGCUGAUGAUGAUUCAUGAAAGUAUUUAGGUGAUUAUUUACAGUUUAAGCCGGGGUCAAAGUUAUGCCUUUUCUUUGUAAAGCGGAGUUAAACACCUGGGUUAUUGCAUGUCAUAUUUUCACAUUUGGAUUUAUUUUAGUAUUGAGUUUGUUUCAAAGUCGUGUUCCUCAGCACUAUAAACAUGUUAUUUACAAUUAAAAAAAUCUGGCAAACCUGA